CUGUGAUAUGCGGGUCAUCAGGCUCUUGCGUGAGCGUGGCUUAGGCAAUAGUCCCACUAGGGUGAUAAAGCAGCUGCGUGAAAACCACAGCGAGCAGUGGCUCCAUCGUCUGGCCCGGUACACCACCCAAUGUGUUGACUUCCUCAAUCAACCCGGGGUGAUGCCAGUAAAUUUCCAGGAGCCCCCAGAGCCUACGGUGGUGCCAAGCUGCAAGUGGUUGCUCACCGUUUACAGCCAAGACAUUCUGACCAGGCUGGAUGAAAUCCAUGCCAGAAUAACAUCCACCUAUGGCUCUGUCUUGAAGAUGGAUUCUACUAAAAAGAUCACCAAGAAGCUGGCUGGGACAGCGAGGGGAACGGGACUCUGGCUUACCUCUGUUUGCAACGAGUUUGGUCAGGUGCUCAUAAGUGUGCUGACAGCCCAGGAAGGAGCAGGACAUGACAUGAUGGUAGAUGGUCUGGUGAAAAGAUACCAGCAGGCUGGUGUAAAUCCACCUUCUGUGUUGUACGUGGACUGUGGGUGCUGCAGUGAGGUGAGCGAGAGCAAGCUGAAAACCAGGUUUAGGGGCUGGCCAGAUCUCAUGAUACGCUUGGACAUCUGGCAUUUUAUGCGCAGGAUUGCCUUGGGGUGUACAACUGAUGCCCAUCAGUUGUACCCCAUCUUCAUGUCACGGCUAUCAGCAUGCAUCUUUGAAUGGGAUGCAGCUGAAGUCUCUAUCCUUCGCAAAGCAAAGAGAGAGCUGUUGAUGUCCCAGGGUUGGCCUGCGCUGACAGAUGAUGUAAACAAGCAUCUGACCAGGGAGGAGCUGGCUCUACAUUGCCGGAGGAGGACCCGUGGAGAGGAGACUACCAUCCUUCUCCUUGAACAACUGCUUACAGAACUCCUGAGCAGCAAGGGAAAUGACUCUCUGGGUGUUCCUCUCUUGGAUUGAGAAAGGAUGGAGCACAUCUGGUGUGUCCAAAAGAAGCACAUCAAGUGUAUCCAAGACCCUCUUGGUGUUGCCCUUUAUACUGAGACCCGGAGCCUAACCAAGGGAGGUGUGCUUCUGAAGACUUACAGAUGUGCCAGAGGCUCCACUUCUCUUGAAUCCUUUCAUUUACACCUUAAC